UUUUGUGCUUUGUAAUGAUGACACUGAUUUGUCGUCAUUGAAACUAGUGUUUUAAGAAAAUUAACAAUGUUGUUAUUGCAUUGACAAUGCUGUUAAAGCUGCUUAAGUUAGAAUUUUUGGCUGUCAGUGUUCAUCAAAAAGAACACCGCUAGGCUUCCUGCUUGUGUAGUUACCUGUAUGUACUUAUGUGGUGAUUGCCAUCUUACUAUACUUUCAGUGAUUAGAAUAACAGACAUAAAACUCAUAUGCGUUUUGUAUUUUCAGAAGUGCUUAGUUCAAUAUGGCAGAUUUGGGAUUUGCAAAGUUUGGUGAUGAUGAUGAUGAAAAUGAGGAAGAGUUUGAAGGAGAUUAUAAGCAAAGCUGGGGUCAAAAGGAUGGACUGAUAUUUCUCAUCGAUUGUUCUCAGUCAAUGUUUGAGCCUGCAGAAGAAGAUGAAGAGAGUUCAUUUGAAAUCUGUAUAAAGUGUGCCAAGACAACCUUACAAAACAAGAUCAUCAGCAGUGACAAAGAUGUUGUUGGCAUUGUUUUCUAUGCAACAAAAAAAUCCAACAGUGAUUUCAAGAAUAUUUAUGUGUAUCAGGAAUUGGACCAGCCUGGGGCUCAGAGAAUUUUAGACCUUGAGAAAAUGUUAGAAGAUGGUAUUCAAACAUUUGAUGAGGAGUUUGGUCACAGCAAAACGUUUUCACUCAGUGAAGCUUUCUGGACUUGUUCCAACAUGUUUUCUAAAAGCACGCACAAGAUAAACUUCAAGAGGGUGAUGCUGUUUACAAAUGAUGAUGACCCUCAUGCUGGUAAUGCACAACUCCAGCGUCAAGCCCGGACAAAAGCCAGCGAUCUGAACGAGAAUGGGAUAGAUCUGGAAUUGAUGCACAUGUUAAAGCCUGGCCAAUCAUUUGACAUCAGUAAAUUCUACAAGGACUUACUGUUCACUGCUGAUGAUGAAUUGACAGAUUUACCUGAUGCAUCAGAAAGACUGGAGGAGCUUAUGACCAGAGUCCGCUCCAAAGACCACAAGAAGAGAGCACAGGGACGGCUAACAUUCACCCUGGGAGAGGGACUUGACUUCUCAGUUGGAGUUUAUAACUUGGUGCGGACCUGCACAAAAACUUACCCCGUUAAACUGUCCAAAAAGGAUAAUGAAGAGCUGAAGGGACAUAGCAAAUCUUACCUCAAGGAUACAGGGGAAGUGUUGAUGCCUCAGGAUAUGAAAAAGGCUCAGACGUACGGAGGACGACAGAUUUGCUUUGAGGAAGAUGAAGUGAAGGAAAUCAAAAGAUUUGAUGACCCUGGGUUGGUUCUGAUGGGCUUCAAACCACGCAGUUUACUUAAGAGACAUUACCAUGUGAAACCUGCACAGUUUCUGUAUCCUGAUGAAUCUAUGAUUUCUGGCAGUACCACCCUAUUCACUGGCCUCCUAAGAAAGUGCUUAGACAGAGAUGUGGUGCCCAUAUGCCGUUACAUUCCCAGAAAAAACUCUCCACCAUAUUUUGUUGCUCUUCUACCCCAGGAAGAGGAACAAGAUGAACGUAAAGUACAGCUGACCCCUCCAGGGUUUCAUGUCAUCUUCCUGCCUUUUGCUGAUGACUUCAGGAAGAUACCAGUGGAAGAUACCCCUAGAGCAAACGAGACUCAGAUCAAUAAGGCAAAAGAUAUGGUGAAAAAGUUGCAGUUCACAUUCUCCAGUGAGAGUUUUGAGAACCCUGUGUUACAGCAGCAUUGGAGGAACAUCGAGGCUCUUGCCCUGGACAGAGACGCUCCAGAGGACAUCACAGAUUACACAGAGCCUGAUGUGAAGCGCAUGGAGAAGAGAGCAGGAAAAGUGAUGGAGGAUUUCAGUGACCUGGUGUUUCCAGAUGGCUAUGUACCCGGGGCAAAACGGGGAGGACGGUCAGGAGGAGGUGAUGCUGCCAAGAAAGCCAAACUGGAGGAAGCGCAGAACUUAGAUUUGAAGAAGGAGGCUCAAGAAGGGAGGCUGGGAAAAUUGACCGUGCCUGUUCUGAGGGAAUUCAUCAAACGAGAGAAGAUUCAGGCCAGUGGCACGAGGAAGGCAGAUCUCAUAGAUGCCAUAAAUGACCACUUUGGUGUUUGAGAAAGAGGAUCAUCUGUUCAUAGAAAGUGAAAGUAACAAAUCAAUAGUCAUAUAUUUGUUGUUUUGUUUGUUUGUUUUUUUUUGUGGCAUUCUAAUUUUUUUUUUUCUUUUUUUGCAAUUCCAGUAGCUUGGCCGAUAACUUGUAUGUGAUUAAUGGAAUUCACUCCACACAUAAAAAUGACAGAUUGUUAUCUUGCGUGUCAACCAUCAUAAUAGUGUAGUUAUGGAUCAGUCUUUAUUUAGAAGGUGUUUAUAAAUCAAAAUGAUUUACACUGGAGGUUUAGAACCCUAUUCACGAAAGGCCUUGAAAAGAGCUUGCUUUAUUGUAAAUUUGAUUUUUAUACAAAAUUCAAGAUUCAUUGUCCCUGUGCACAUUUGU